AUGACAACUGAGUUAAAACUACCUAAAUUACCAACUGCUUCACUAAAAAGAUUAACUUCAACAACUUAUUUGACAAAUGCUGGUUUAUUAACACAAGAUCAAUUUACUAGAAAAAAAUUGAAAUCAAUACUUCAUGUUAUAACUCGAAUUUUAAAAGCGAAGGGUACUAAGACUCCCCAUAUUUUUUUACCAUUUAGAUCAAAAAUCAAAGAUGAGAAUUUAGAACAUUUCUUAGGUUUAUUGAGUCCCAAUGGGAAAUUAAUUACAAAUGAAGCUUUAAUUGAAGAGAUUUGUUCAACUAUAGAUGACUUUACAUUAGUUUCAGCACUUAAGUUUUUUUGGUCAAGAUUACCAAAUAAUGAAAUUAUAGGAUAUGAUGUAUAUUUGGAAUUUAAAAGAAAAGAACAAGAAUUAGGAUAUCCUAAAAAUGGAUUUUUAACAAUAAUGCCAAAAUGUUUAUCUUCAUCUUCUCAUGCAUCAAUAGUUUAUGAUUUUCUUGACUUAUUAAUUAAUAUAAUAUCAAAUUCACAAUUUAACUAUUUAUCAGGUAGGAAAGUGAGUAAAAUGGCAAGCUUUUAUGCAUUUAAUAACAUUAAAAAAGAUGUAGGGUUUUUAAAUGCAACAAUUGAAAAUGAAUUUAAUUUUAUCAAGGGAAUAAAUGUAUGGAAAAAUCAGACUAAUGCUUUAUUUCAUUUGGUGCUAUCAUUUUUAAGAUCGAUGCUACCCGAGUCAGAUGGUGAAACUAUUAAGAUUCCAAAGACUUUACAAUCUUUAUUAAUUACAACUAGUUAUCCUCCAAAUGAUGAAAAUGAGAAUACUAUAAAAAACUUCAUAACUAUACCUUGUGUAUGUAUUAAAACAACAAGACCAUCAAUGAAUGCAUAUGAAUUAAUAAGUAAAAUAAGACAUAGCUUAUCGUUUACAAAUAAAAAUGACUUUUUAUCAAUUGAAAACUAUACAAUUUUGAAAAAUUUAUUUUCACAAAAAGCCACAAGUGAUAUAAUAAAUUCAUUAACUGAAGAAUCAAGAAGAAUUGUAAAUAGAAUUACUGCUGAACCAAUCGAUAAUUCCAAGUUCGACUUGAAUCCAGGUUGGUGUGACUGUCAAUUUGAAAUUGAUCAUGAUAUUCCACUAUAUUCUCAAAUUGAAAUAAAUAAUGUAAGUAUACAAGAUUAUUAUAUAUGGACAUGGUUAACAUCACUAGCUUCAGAUCAACCAAAUACUAAAAAAAGCUUAUUUGGGAGAUCAAUAGUUGUUGAGGCUGAUAUAAGCGGAUUUCAAAAAUGGAUUGUAUUGACAGAGAAAACAAUGACGAGUGAUGAAUAUUUGAAACAUUUUAAAUUGGAUAAAGAAAAAGAAUUACCAAAACCAUAUUCAAAAAAGUCUCCAAUCAAGGAAAAUAUAAAUAAAGAUUUACCACCACCACCUGUUGAAGAUGGAAAAUUGGAGAAUGACGUAUCAGUUGAGAAAGAAGAGGUAUCAUUUAAAGAAGAUGAAGAAGAUAGUAGCUUUAUUGUUUAUCCUACUCAAGAUUAUCAGGAAUUUGAAGAUUAUUUAAAUUCAACAUCAUUAAAGGAGAUUGAAAAUUUGACAUCAAAAUUUUCCAAAACUUCCGUUCACGAGGAUAUACUACCUAAGACAAAGCAUAAUGUUAGAAAAGCACCACCACCAAUAGAAUCCACAGAAAUAAAACUGGCACCAAUACAAUCCAGGGAUUUGAAACCAAAACCAAUAGAAAAGGACAGCGAAAUAGUCCAACAUAAUGAAUAUUAUGAACCAUUUGACGUAUAUCAACCAGAAUUGGACAAAAAACAAAAUAAUGCAAACGAGGAACGUUAUGAUAACUAUCAUAUACCAACAAUAGUCCAACCUAAAAUUUCAAUGGAGAAAAAUUCGUUUAACAAUAAAGAAAUACAACCACAUAACAAUAAUGCUAAUUUUGCUAGUGUUUCGAGGGAGCUGAAUGAUAGUACGGCUCAACCGGCCACUUUACGAGAACAAGGUGUACAACCUAGAAAUGAAGAUCAAAAUAAACAAGAACCACUAGACGUAGAAGAAAAAGAACUUAAAGAAGAAAGAAGAAGCAAACGAAAAGAAAAGAAAAAAUUAGAGAAACAAGCUCAAGCUGCACAAUUAGCAGCUGCUCAAGCAGCUGGAUUUCCUUUCCCAUUUUUACCAAAUGGUAUACCACCACCACCACCACCUGAUCCAAAUUUGAUAUCCUCAGACUCAUCAAAAUCUAAUUUUACCUCAGUUUCACCAUUUUUGAUUCCUGAGAAUAACAAAACAGUCACAGCAUCAACUAAAUCUCCAGUAAAGAAGAGAAAAUCACCAAAAAAGGUCAAGCCAAUUGAUGUAGAUGAAAAUAAACCAUUGCCCGAUAUACAUCCUGAAGAGCCUAUAAAAUUUGAGCCAAAAAUUCAAGAAGAAGCAACUUUGGUAGAAUCAUAUAACAAGAAUCAACAAGAACAACAUGAUAUGAGCAAGGUUUUCAGCUCACCAGAGAAUAGUCAACCACCAUCUGAAGUGUCACAAGUUAGUGCAAAAUCGUUACCGAAUAAUACACAACAACCAUCACCGCAAUUCACACAGCAACUGCCUAGAGCCAAAUCACAAUCGCCAAUUCAUCAACAAGAUUAUUCACAACUGUUCCAAAAUCCAAAAAUGAAUGGAUUUUAUCACCAACAACAACAGCAUCAAUAUUUGCAUCCAACUCAUAAUCAAGGACUUUAUCAACAACAACCUAUGUCUCAAUAUCAACAACCAAUGAUGAUGCAACAGCCAAUGAUGACUCAACAACCAAUGCAGCAGCCACCAACUCAUCAUCAUCCAUAUCAGCAAUAUCCACAAAUGCAGAUGCAGAUGUUAGCUCCGCAACUACCUAUGCAACAACAACAAUAUGCUCCUCAAAUAGUAUCGCCUCAAAUGCAACCGUUCAUGACAUCACAAGUGCAACUACCACAACAACAACCAUUGCAAAUGUAUGGAAUGCCACCUAUGAAAAAACCAGGAAUGACUAAUUCAGCAUCAAACAAUGCAAUGAUGAAUAUGGUUCCAAUGGGUCAAAGACACAACAAAAAUCAAACUACGAAUAAGGCAAAUCUAAGAAAUGCGUUUAUACUGGGUAAUUAUGGUAUAUAG